GUGUGCUUGCUUAUAUAACGCCAAGCAGCGCAGGAGCGAGGCCGGUUAUCAGAGACAAGUUGUUGCCGAGAGAGAUAGGUGGUUUCAACAUCAAUUGAAAAUGUUGUUGUGCAAGAUUACUCUUAUCCAUCUCCUGUUGCAAGGAUUUGCUGUCUUUAAUGACGCCAACUCCGAUCAUGAUUGUAUCGGCUACUGUCCUGAAGUGUAUGAUCCUGUGUGUGCCAGUAACGGCUGGACUUACAACAACGACUGCGAACUACAGGCUAUGAUAAAGUGCCAGGGAUGGAAUAUCACCAAGACACACGACCAAGCAUGUGAGUGCCACAAGGCCUGCCCCACGACCUUUGCCCCUGUGUGUGGGUCAGACAACAAGACCUAUCUCAACGAGUGUGUCUUCGAGGUGGCUUCUUGCUGGGAUCAUUCACUCGACAAGGCGUCUGAAGGAGCUUGUGGCUGGGGUAUCCACUGCCUCCAGUACUGCCCAGAGGUAUACGACCCUGUGUGUGGAAGCAACGGCCAGACUUACACGAACGAAUGCGAGUUGCAGGCUGCCAUACAGUGUCGUGGGUUGCAGAUUGCAAAGAGGCACGACCAGGCUUGUGAGUGCCACGCCACUUGCCCCCUGAUCCACGACCCUGUUUGUGGCACUGACGAUAGGACUUACUACAACGAGUGUUUCUUCACUAAAGCUUCUUGUUGGGAUAGGUCCAUUUUGAAGAAGAAAAACGGACCUUGUGACAGGAAAUGGAAAUACCUUCUGGAGAUUUAAAUACCAGAACUACGGAAAUCUUUAUAAAUAAAAAUUACAACAUUAAAAUCCUGUAAUUGGAAUGAAUAAUAAGUUUCUUGACAUUUUACUGAAUAAAAAUUAUUGUAUA